CAGAUCAUGUGAGUGGAAAGGGCGGAGCCUGAGGGGAAAGUGCAGAGACGCUGUGGAUGUGAGAGACAGAGACACCAUGGGGAGAUUGAUAGAUACAUCGUCCCGGCUGUGCCUAAGAAUCCUUACUCUUCUCUUCUGGGUUGGUGCAGGCUGCCUACUGUAUGCAGGUUGCUGCAAUAUCAAAACCUACAGGAGCUAUCAGUCAUUCUUUAAUGAUCGAUAUAUCCUUAUACCCUCCUGUUUGGCUGUCACUGGAACGUUCUUCCUUGUAUUUAAUGGUUUGUUGGGGUGCUGCAUCUCAAAGAAGGGUUCACGUUGCAAGCAGGGAUGCUUUAUGUACUUUAUUGUGGUCGUGCUCUGCUUAGAGGCUUCUGCAGGGGUACUGACAUUUGUUUAUAUGGACAGGAUGGAUCUUGAACUGAACCCAAUGCUCAAGGCAUUUGAAAACUAUAAUGGAAGUAAAUCUGACUUGACUGUCGACAACAUUCAAAAAGAGCUGCACUGUUGUGGCCUCCACAACUACACUGACUGGGAAACCACUUUGUGGUACAAGCAGAAUUUUACCAUACCGAAGACUUGUUGUAAUGAGACAUUUACAUCAUGUAAUGGAAACAUUACAGAGACAAAAGAAUUUUAUCAAGAGGGUUGCUUUGAAAAGCUGCAUUCCCGGCUUAACUAUUUCAUGACUUGGCUGUUUUGGUCAUGUAUUGCUGUAUUAAUUGCACAGGUACUGGCUGCUAUUGGUGAUGGUAUGCUGAUGAUUAGGAAUCCUUUUCAAGAUUUUCGAAUUCUUGAUUCUGCAACGUUUACAUAAUACUGAAACGUGAUCAUUUUUUUUUCUGUUUCAGACAAGUCAGUCUCUUAAUUUUGUUAAAAUAUAUUUUAUGUAAAUAA